AUGACUCAGGAUGCAGGACUCGCGGCAGAACAAGCUGUCUUGUACCACAACAUGUGCGUUGAUAGCCUUAGCACUGGCUUGCCCCUCAUCAAGGCUCUCCUUGAGCCCAUUUGUCACAGUUUGAGGGAGAUUAGCGUUUGCCCGAAACAUCCCGCGAUUAAAGCUGUCGAUAACAACGAGAUUGUCGAAGUCGAUCACGCGGUACUUUAUACAAGGCUUCAUAGCGGCGAAGAGUUCGUCAUAGACCUCACCGGAGCCCAGUACGGCUGGGAAGAGAAACUGUAUACCUGGGAAGAGUUUAAGGAGUACAGAGGCACCGUCCGUUACGUGUUGGACCUCGGGGCCGCCCGAGCAUUCACGACGAGUUUGAUGCAAGGGCACGCCAUCAACUCAGCGCCCCGAUCAGCCUGCGACAUUCGUCGCUUGAUCUGUGAAGAGGUCGCACAAAGCAUCACGAACUAUCUUCAAGAAUCCGGCCAGACUGCCGAUCAGUUGAUGGGCUUAGACCUCGACCAGCAACGCAACCUCAUAAUUCGAUCCAAAGAAACUAUCGCCAAGUCGAUCGAAGCUCUGGUAAUUCGAUCUGGAGUAGGCAGAAUGUGCCUACUGUUCGAACAUGGCAUUUCUACUCCAGUCGUCGUUCGAAGCGAAGAGCUUGCUAGAAAGAUGGUAAGCGUCUGGUUCACCCAAGAGGAGGUCCAAGCAUGCCAAGGACAGUUUGAAGCACUUCGACUUGAGAUGCAACAUCGCCUGUAUGAGGAGGAGGUCUAG